AUGGAUGUAUUGCUUUUGGGACUAUUAAGCUUGCCAGACGGCUACAGUUAUGUGCAAUUUGCCCCUGUUGCUUAUAUCGUCAAACUUAACAUCGAACUUUCGAUAGCGGUUCUAAUUUCAAAAGUUAUGCGCAGUAGUUCUGACAAACGUGAUGGACGGUAUGCUGAAGGAAACCAUACACUGAACAGCACCCAUAUCACGAACCGCUCCACCUCUAGUACGAAAGUGAAUGCUCACGGUGAGACCGCAAGCACUAAUUGGCCCACAUCUCAUCAUAAGCAAGAUCAGCAUCAGGGCAUUGUGACAAUGGUGACAACUUCGGAGGUUCCCGAGGAUAACUGUAUAGACGAUAAUUCUGAAGAGGGUAUACUUAGGACAGUGACGAUGGCGGUAAGAUCUGACUAUAGAGAAGAUAUUGAGGGUAGAGAGGACUAUAGUUGUAAAGUGUAGGAUAGUUAAUAGACUGGGG